CCAAACUCAAACUAGCAUUGAUCAGGCUAAUGUUUGGGUAGCCGUCGCGGGGCUCUCCAGAGCCUCCCCAAAACAUACCAGCGUUUCAAGUCGAACCGAAGCGGGUGCAUUAUUUCAGUUGGGGUCAAAGGGCGAUGUAAAUGUGGUCAAGAGGCUCGUCUGAAGCAUAAGGAGGAGCUGUAAGAGGUGGGAGGAGAGACUGGCUCCUGUUCAGAGGGAGGAGCUUGGUGAGCAUGAUGGAGCUUCAUUCACUCUGCUACACAGACAUGCACACAUAAACACAGACAGUUCGCUCAGACUGAACUCCGGCGGAGAGGGAAGACAGGAGCACAAGAGGUGACACAUGCUGAGUCCAACCACCAGGAUGUCCCGGAGGAGGUCCACUGGAGAUCUCGUACCCUGGGAUAUCACAGAGGUGUUGGUGAAGGAGGCAAGAGCUCAGCGGAGCCAGAGGAAGACAGGAAGUUCACUAGGGCAAGCGUUGAGUUGGUUAAAAGGCAGUCGAAGGAAGAAGAACUUUGGCAAUGGACCUUAUCGGAAUGAUGUUGCUGUGAGGGAUGGAAAAGUAUCAACAAAGAGUCAUGGCUCUGGAAAAGCUGGGCCCAAGGGCACUGAGGACCAGAGGAGGCUGACGGUCCACUUCACAUCCUCACAACACUAUCAGGAAAAUGUGUUCAUCGAAGGCAGUAGACCUCAGUUCCUGGAAGAUCUUCACAUCGAGGCCCAGGAGGGACUCAAGAUCCUCCAGCAAGAAGAGAACAAGGAAGGAGUGACCACCGUUGACGAUGAGAGCGCCGCUUCAGUCGAUAUCCCGGAGCCUGAUAUUGGCUCCAAGGAUGAUGCUGGUUCUCCUGAACACAGCGUUGUAUCUGGAAAUGAAGAAAGCCCUGCUGCAUCGAUCAGACCUGUGCUCACCCGACAAGGUGAAGGAGAACCCGAUUCAGGUUCCACAUUCCGACCUCUGAAUCCAGUGAAAAGGCAUGACAAGGACUGGAGGAGGAACAGGCGAACCACCAUCAUGGGCAUUCCCAACCAGGUCCAGAAAGAGCUAGCACUCCACAGAUACUCCACCUUUCAGCAGCUCCCACAUCAUUCCCCACUUGACAGCAACUGCAGAUCAGGAGUCCUUGUUAUACCAAUGGUCGAUGGAGGAACUCCAGCGAUGAACCAGGAAGGAGCCAGAGUCCACCUGUCUGAUUUGGAGGUGGAUUCUAAAGAAGAAGACAUUUUGAAAAGGCACCUACAGGUGCUUUACAAGGAUGAUGGUGCCACCAACGACAAAGCCUUGUCUGUGCUGAGACCCAAGUCAGUUGCCGUGCCAGGCAUGAUCAGCUCCUCCAGCUUUUCUUCUUCCAUGUUCUGCUUCCUUCAGGAACCCCAGGGUCCUGUCAUGUCCAUAUCUCCCCAGGCUACUUACCUUUCUACAAUCAUUCCUAACGCGGUGCUGCCAGCGUCCGUCGAUGUGAUUGAGAUCGACUGCAGCAGCAGUAGCAGGACACUCAGCAGCACAGCUGGUCACGGCCGAAGUGUUCACUCAGUGAGCAAAGGCAGCCUGGUAUCCCUGGAUUCAUCACUCAGCCCUUCCUUGACCAGAAAGUUGGACGUUGACGGAUCCCAGACAGAUAACUCGCAAAGCUCCACAGCAAUUUCCCCAUCACCUUCCCACUCGGACUGGAGCGAGUCACAGUCUUCGAGGACCAUCGUUCUGAACUCGUCUCCCCCGUCCUCGAAGAGUAGUGAGAACGGUGCAAAAGUGGUUGACCAGAGCUGCUGUGCAGCGCAGGAUAUUGUUAGCUUGCGUAGCUCAGCGAGCAUGAUCAGCAGCCCCAGUACUGCGAUAGACAAUAUGUUUGUAGGUGGCGAGUCAGAGUCAAGCGUGACUGUCACGGAUGGGGAAAAUGCAAUGCCGAAGCGACAUUGUUCUCGCAGUCUCUCCAUUGUGAAAACGAAGCAGCCCCCGCCACCCCCACUGCGAACGCACUCUCUACACAGCAGCAGGAUCAGGGUCGACGUCAGGGAUCCAGCAGAGGGUGAACGUGUCAAUGGUUCCACAUCCUCCACGGUAGCAACUUCCACUGGUAAUAUCAUCAUCACUGAGAGGGUUGGUGAAGAAAGCACCAAGACCGUGAUCCCUGUGACGCCUGGAAACGUCAACAUGUCAUGUUCGUGCGCCUUGAGUCAACAAUCUUCAUCUGAAGCAAGGAAAGCUUCAGGUCCUCCACCACAACUUCAAAACCACUCCCCUCAAACAGUCCCUUCAGAAAUUGGGAAAUUUGAACGCACGCUGUCCCCUUCCAGUGGCUACUCCAGUCAGAGUGGCACCCCAACAUUGUCCCCACGGGAAACCUCGCCAACAUCCCCCGAUAAACAGAAACAGACCCUUGUUAAACCAGAGAGGUCUGCGUCAGCGUCCCCGUCCUCUUCACUCGCCUCCUUGUCUUCAGAAGUGUCCUCCUGCUGCCCGCACACACCAGCUCAGGAGCUUGUGACUGAUGUUGCUACAGAACAACACAAAACCAUUUUGAGACUUGAAGUCAGGGAGCUGUUGCAUAUUCCACCGCCACCCAAGGUCAAGGCACCAUGUCCUCCUCCUCCAGAGACAUGGGUUCACAACAGGCGGACCUUUGAGCUCCUGUGUGGUCCAAGUCCUGACCUUAACACCGUGCACAUACACAACAGGCCGUGCAAACAAGCCGGGACGCAGACGGACAUCAGCGAGGUAGCGAUUUCUGAGAGGCGGGAAACGCAAGGUGACGUCCCUGAAACAUCGGAGGACGUUAAACUGACGCCAGUGGUUCCAGAAGAACCGCACACUAAAUGCUCACAAGACGAAAUAGUCGAGUGUUUGACUGAGCAGUGUGGUAAAGAGGAGACGAGCAGUUCAACAGAAAGUGGUUACACCAUUGCUAAGACAGACCCUCUUGCAGUCAUGUCGCCAGCUGUGAGGUCUGAUACGCUUGUGGAGGAGAACCCUUCCUCCAUGGAGGAGAGCGACUGUGGUGCACUUUUAAAGAUGAAGGUUGUGCUUGAAGAAAACCAAGCCACUUGUAAGGAAGAACAUCCAAAUGACACGACGCUCUCGCUACAGUCCAGCACUGCACCAGCGACCCAGCAGACGGCCUCGCAGGUGUCCUCACCACCUGACCCUAUAGAGCAUGUGCAGGAGGAGGUCCAUGCUGCAGAAUCCUGCUGGCCGCCUCCCCCCCCUCCCCUAGAAGGAGUCUUUGAUGGGGCGUAUGAGUCUGACUUCCCUCCUCCGCCGCCUCCUUUGAUGGUGGACUGUGUUUUGCAUGAGAUGGACAGCUGUCGCUCGGAUGUCUCAGCCUAUGAAAACCACUUGGGUCAAGGGGAGAUGGUCCCUCAUCUAGAGUCACCUUCAGUCCACCUAAAGGGUGACAUAGAAACUGGAGAGUCGGAGUAUGUUGAUACUUUCCCAGAGGACCUGCAGAAUGCCUUAUCGUCCUUGGAUUUAACUCAACUCACUACUGCUCCCCAGGACUACCCUUUAUCAGUCAUCGCUUUCUCCUCUUUAAGCAGCAAGAGCGUCAUCCAUCAUGAAGAUCAACCCCUCUUCCAUCACGCCACAAAUCCAAAAGCUGAUUCCACACCAGUCCCGUUAGUCCCCACUUUACCUGUGGACAGCGUGACCCCCGGAGUGAGCUUUAGAAGGCAGCCCAAUGGUGCAACCAAGGACAUCAAAAACAAGGAGAUUCUUGGUCGUCAGAAAUGUGCUCCCUCUCCAAAGGAGGAUGCCAACAUACCGUUGGUGACCCCCUCCUUGCUUCAGAUGGUCCGACUCAGAUCAGUGAGCAUGAGCGAAGACCAACUAAAAGCUCUCAGCGAAGGAAAGUCGACCAGCGAGACGAACGGCGCUCAGGAGCGUUGCCAGAGUGCAGACCCAGCACCUCAGGCUGUUCCACAGAAACCAAUCCGCAAGUCUCUUUCUCUCAAAACUCCUCAGACCCUGAAGACAUCUACACCGACAUCCAUGCGCCUACAGGAGGCUGUACGCAUGAAAACAGCUGCCAUGUCUUCAAGAGACAGUCUUCCAUGCCGAAUAACGACAAGACCGCUGGCCUACAGCAACGUCCCUGAGAAGGACACGCACAGGACGUCAGCCUCCACUGCGAGCUUCAUCUUCUCAAGGGGCACAAAGAUGGUCGUGACUACAGCGUCCACUCCUGAAGAUCAAGCCAGUCUUCAGCAGAAUUUGGUAUCAGAGUUCAUGCAGCGUUCCGGACAAUCAAGUUCUUUCUUCUAUGGCGCAGUGAAGGGCGACAGAGUUCCGCCUCCAGUGGCCAAGAAGCCAGUCCAGAGCAUCGUCUGCUCUUUACAGAACCCUGUCGCCGGCAGAGCAGAGAUUGGAGUCAAUGGAAACAGCAGUGCAGUCCAGUACCCAAAGGAGACAACUCAUCGCCUCGAAUCAACAACGACACGAGUGACUGCCGACACCAUCGAAACCCUGUUUUGAAAGGUCUGUGUUGAUCUGUCGCGGAGGCCGAUCAGGAAGAAGCAGAACACUUGGAGAAGGAGGUCUCGUCGACGUAAACAAGAUUAUUCAGUGUUGUGUGAUCUCUCCUUUCCAAAAGCCUUAGCCUCUUCUGGCCUUCCCACAUGGUGAUGCAAAAACAGCACUCCUACUUUGUUAUAAAAGCUUUAUUCCGGAGUAUUUUUCUACAUUCUCAGGCCCCUCAGGGUGGCGCUGCAUUUCUGUAUGCUUAGUUGCCUCCUGCAGGAAGAAUUGGGUAGUGUUUCUCUCCGCUCCAAGUUAAAGCAUUUGUGUACAGAGGAUUCUCAUGAGCUACAGCUGUACGGCCUCUCACUGUGAUGCGUGGGAGUGUGCGGGGAAAGAGGCUCAGAGGAGGCACGUUGUACAGUCUGACUACAUCGUCGUAGGAACCACAACAUGGGGGGAAAAAAAAAGGCGGUACACUGGAUGCUCCUUGUGUGAUGUCAGAUUUGUAUCAAAUGUGAAAUGAUGUUGCGCUAAUCCAAAAUCCCCACACCAGAUGUUUUAAGGAAAUUUGCACAAUUUGAAUUUCUUGUAAUUUUGUGUGAAUCACACCACAUGUGGACAAGAAAAUUGACUUACCAGUUUGGAAAUGUAACGCUUUGAUUUCCAAUCCCAUUUGUAUACAUUUUGUUCCUAGUGUGAUGCUAAAAAUGUUUAAUAUAACUAAGCUUUUAUAGUUUUAGUCUUCUUAUGUUAAUGAUAAUAAAUGGUGCUUAUCAGAGAAACAAAGUCAAUUCACAGACACAGGAGGAUUCCCAACGUAUCAGCAGGACCAUGAGCAGACGCUUGGCUUGACUGAAAGCGGUUAUUGCUGUUGAUAAUGGCAGCUGCUAUGAGGAGGCACAGUUACAUGAGCGACUUCAAGGCAAGAGAAAAUGUAGAGUUAGUGUGUGACAAAAAUUGACACAUGAACAUUUGGUUUAUUGAUCAAUAAGACUUGCUGCUGCCCUUUAGUUGUUAAAGUUAUCUGAUGUUCACAUUCACUUGUAUCGUGUGCAGCAGCAAGAUCAGUGCAAUCGUCUCGCCAAAUAAAUGGACUGACUUUUUGACUGCUGGUAAAAUGUUUUGCAGGUUUUAUCCUCCACACAUUUUUACCUUUAAUGCCAGCAGACGCUUCUAUUCAAGAGCUUAUUUAAAUAUUUCCUUUAGAAAAAUGCAAAUGGGAGUAAAUUUAAGUGUUGCAUUUAUUUUUGGUAUGGAUGAAAAAAAAUGUAGGUGUUAAUUCCAUAAAUAAAGUUAUUGCAAAUU